AUGGCAAUCAGCAAUAGGUUUCAACAUCUUAUUGGACGUAAGACGUCCAGCGGCACUCAUGACGCUCCUGCUGUGGAAGAUAUCGAAACUCCGGUAGCCGUUAAUGCAGCUCCAUACGACAAGGAGGCUGGCAUCGGCUCACCUCAGAAUAACACGGAAAGCAGUGGUGAUAACUCAUUGCCCACUGAAGGCGCACAGCGUGGUGUCAAGGAUAUCGAGGCUGUCACUCUGGCUUGGUCCAAGACAGCGCUCGCCACUACUCUGAUAAUCAUUUGGAUUUAUGUCCUGGCUAAUGGAUUUAAAGCCUCAAUUAUUGCCAGCUUGACACCCUAUGCCACGAGUAGUUUCCAGUCUCACUCCCUGUUGACUGUCAUCGACAUUGUAGCAAGUGCCAUGACAUCAGCGGUGUAUAUCCCUAUGGCCAAGAUGCUGGACGUCUGGGGUCGUGCUGAAGGUUUCAUCUUUAUGCUGGUCAUUGCCACUUUGGGCCUAAUUCUUAUGGCGGCAUCCAACAAUCUUCCUACCUUCUGCGCAGCACAGGUUUUCCAAUCAGUUGGGUUUGGAGGCAUGACUUAUACCGUGGAUAUCCUCGCAGCCGACGUAACUAACCUGAGAAAUCGAGGGUUGGCGUUCGCUUUCACCUCAUCUCCAUGGAUGAUCACUGCGUUUGCUGGAUCCAAAGCAGCAGAAGAAUUCUUAGCACACGUCAACUGGCGAUGGGGCUUCGGCUGCUUUGCUAUCAUUAUACCCGUGGUCUCCCUGCCGUUAUACCUGACGUUGAAGAUCAACCUUCGCAAGGCCCAGAAGAAAGGCCUUGUCAAACACGAAAAGAGUGGCCGAACCCUGGUACAGAAUAUAUUACACUACCUUGUAGAGUUUGAUUUGCCGGGUGUCAUCCUGUUCGCUGCUGGUCUCACCGUGUUCCUACUCCCAUUCACACUCGCCCGCUCUGCCCCGAACGGCUGGAAGUCAGACUACAUUAUUGCCAUGAUUGUAGUCGGCUUUGUCCUUCUCGUUCUCUUCGCCCUUUAUCAAGUGUACCUGGCUCCCGUGCCAUUCAUGAAACAUACCUACCUGCUCAACCGGACCGUCUUGGGUGCAUGUCUCCUCGACUUCGUAUACCAGAUGGCUUACUACUGCUGGAACAGCUACUUCACCUCCUUCCUUCAGGUGGUCAACAACCUCAGCGUCGCAGAGGCCGGAUACGUCAACAGCACGUUCCAGGUUGUCUCCGGCGUGCUGCUGUUCAUCGUGGGCUACUUGAUCCGCCGGACCGGCUACUUCAGAUGGCUCCUGAUCAUUGGCGUGCCUCUCUACAUCUUUGCCCAGGGUCUCAUGAUCCACUUCCGUCAGCCGAACGGAUACAUUGGGUACAUCGUCAUGUGUGAGAUCUUCAUCUCCGUCGGCGGUAGCGUCUUCAUCCUCUGUAUGCAGCUUGCAGUCCUCGCCGCUGUCGACCACCAACACGUCGCCGCCGCAAUGGCCGUGCUGUUCGUGUGCGGUGGUAUCGGCGGUGCAGUGGGCAAUGCCAUCUCCGGUGCCAUCUGGACAAACACCUUCGAGAAAGCGCUUGUGCGCUAUCUCCCCGAGUCUGCGCUGCCGGACCUAGCCAAUAUCUAUGCCAGCUUGCCGGUGCAGCUCAGCUAUGCAAUUAAUAGUCCCGAGAGAAUCGCAAUCCAGAAGGCUUAUGGUUAUGCGCAGACGAGAAUGUUGGCCGCGGGCACUGGGCUUAUGGCUCUUGCUUUCGUCGCGGUGUUCAUGAUCCGGAACAUGAACCUGAAGAACAUGACGCAGACCAAGGGUGUUGUGUUCUGA